CCCUGGAAGGGAGGGUGUGGGAGAGCAGGUCCCUAGAGAGUGCCACCUCCUACUGGGUCUGCCACCUGUUUUUCCAGGGAGGGCCGCAUCCCCUUCUCAGCAGACACUCAGGCUUCUUAGAUACUCUCCCUGCCCCAAUCUAAAAGGUUCCUAGGACCUCAGAAAGUGUUUUACUAGACUGUGGCAUCUCGAUAUCUCCGGUUAAGCCUGGGAGAAGAAAAGGCCUUUUGUGGGAGGCCCUGGCGUUAUGGGGCUCCCCCAGGCCAGCGUAAAACUCAUCGCUGCACACCCACCCCCAUCUCCACCUCUCCUUCCUGGCUCAGCAGACCCUGCUCUGAGCCACCGCAGUCUACAUCCUGCCUCACUGACUGUGUGUGCUUACAGCGUCAAGGGGUGGACGUGAUAUUUCAAACAUCAGAUCAGUGCGUUUAUAUAUUGGGUGCCCGGAAAUUUUUCCAAAUAAACACAGCUUGAUUCAACUUGGGUGGGCGGACUUAUCAACAGACUAAUUCUAUAAACAAAUGAAGGAAUAGCCCCAAAACCGAUUGGCUGGUAUCAAAAAGACACGUGGAGGGAAAAGCUUGGAGUUUUUCAGCAAUGAAAUUUUAAUUAAUGUGGGUGGGCUGAGAACACAAGGACUGUUUAUCAUAGACAAUUUAUUUUCCAGGGCUAAGUCAACAUAUAACAGCAAACUUACAACAAUUAUUUAACAUUUUUAAAGCCAUGAAGAAGGGACAGAGCACGGAGCGGCCCGGGAGAGCGGCAGAGCCAGAGGCAGAGGCACGUUUGGCUCCCCGGGAGGGCCCUUGCGUCGCGGGGCGCAGUGCCUAGGCCGCCCGGGUCUCCUGCGUUGCGGGGAGCGCAGCGCAGGCUCUCGCUUGCCAUGAGUCACCUCUUCGAUCCCCGGCUGCCUGCCCUGGCCGCCUCGCCCAUGCUGUAUCUUUACGGUCCCGAGAGACCCGGGCUCCCUCUGGCCUUCGCCCCCGCCGCUGCUCUAGCUGCCUCGGGCCGGGCCGAGACCCCGCAGAAGCCUCCCUACAGCUACAUCGCGCUCAUCGCCAUGGCGAUCCAGGACGCGCCCGAGCAGAGGGUCACGCUCAACGGCAUCUACCAGUUCAUCAUGGACCGCUUCCCCUUCUACCACGACAACCGGCAGGGCUGGCAGAACAGCAUCCGCCACAACCUCUCGCUCAACGACUGCUUCGUCAAGGUGCCCCGCGAGAAAGGGCGGCCAGGCAAGGGCAGCUACUGGACGCUGGACCCCCGCUGCCUGGACAUGUUUGAGAACGGCAACUACCGGCGCCGGAAGAGGAAGCCCAAGCCAGGCCCCGGGGCCCCGGAGGCCAAGAGGUCCCGCGCCGAGACGCACGAGCGCAGCGCGGAGGCGCAGCCGGAGGCGGGGAGCGGGGCAGGGGGCUCGGGCCCCGCAAUCUCCCGCCUGGAGGCAGCGCCCGCCGGCCCCUCUCCCCUCCUGGACGGCCCCUCUCUGCCGGCGCCCCUCCACUGGCCGGGGACCGCGUCCCCGAACGAGGACGCCGGUGACGCUGCCCAGGGCGCAGCGGCCGUGGCGGUCGGCCAGCCAGCGCGCACAGGGGACGGCCCGGGGUCCCCUCUGCGCCCCGCCUCCCGGAGCUCUCCGAAGAGCUCCGACAAGUCCAAGAGCUUCAGCAUAGACAGCAUCCUGGCGGGAAAGCAGGGCCAGAAGCCGCCUUCAGCGGACGAACUCCUAGGGGGUGCCAAGCCUGGGCCCGGCGGCCGUCUGGGUGCCUCGCUCCUGGCCGCCUCCUCCAGCCUCCGUCCGCCUUUCAACGCUUCCCUGAUGCUCGACCCGCACGUCCAAGGCGGCUUUUACCAGCUCGGGAUCCCCUUCCUCUCCUAUUUCCCCCUGCAGCUUCCCGACACGGUACUCCACUUCCAGUAAAGCAAACAAUGGCACGGUUCUUCUCCCGGCCCAGCCUGAGCCUCCGCUGAGCGAAAGGCCACAGCUCCCACCGGCGGAGGAUUUUAAAAUGAUCUUUGCCUGGGUCGGCCUGUGGGUUCAGGGAAGUGUUACCAACCAUUGCGCGCAGGUGGGCGCGCUCGCCUGCCUUCUCCGAAGCAAACUUUUCCCAGCAACUGGGAGCAGCUACGGAGACUUAAAAGAUCCCCGCGGGGUCAUGGGCACCGCACGUGGGCCCUGCAGGGACCUCUACCGCGGGAGAUUUCUUGACUUUUGGCCUGUCUAAUGGAGUGUGGUCUUCAGCCGCCCACCGCAGGUCCUGCGCGUCCCGGGCAUGCAAGGGCCCGCAGACCACCCAAGGCAGGCCUUACAGGUGCAGUGAGGUCCUUUCGACCGGGGACCCCCGUAUGACCGUCGCCUACUUCGCUGUUGCCGUGUGGCUCAGGCCUUGGUUUUGAGCCCAUCUGGGUGGCGGGUGGUCACAGCUGGGUUUGUUCCUGACUUGAAGUUGUGGAGGUGCCGGGGGUGACCCCGGGUUUUCAGGUUUUCUGAGAGAUGUAGGGCCCGAUGAGGAUUUAUGACCAAUGUUCAGGUAUAGAAGCUGAUAACCACCCAGAGCAAUAACACUUUUAUUUUAAACAGAGAAUUUUUCUCUUAAUUUCUUUCUGGGUAGUAAAAAGAACAUGUUUUAUUCUUUGCAUAAAUACUUGACUCUAAGCGUUGACCUUUGAAACGCCUGUAUUAACACUUUUUAUUAAGAAAGUGCACUCUAUAUAACAUCUUCUUGCAUUAUGAUAGCUCAUUAGCCAAUACACAUGCAGCUCUGUAACCCACAACAGCAGACGUCCUAUCCUUUUGCUUUUGUUUUUAAGGGAUCAAAAUAUUUUAAGGGAUACCAUGAGGAAGGGUGUGAGGGGGAGGGGAUAUGCCUUGGACAAUGUCAGAGUUUUGAUUUCCAUGUUUUUUCAAGAUCCAGGCUUGGUGGUCGCUAUAUUUUUCAGAAACAGAUAAUGAAAGACUACAUUUAAUUUAAAAAGUUGGGUGAAACAACCAAAAGCAGAUGCAGAGAGAGAGAGGGAUGAAUGCGGGGGAAGAAUAAGGGGACGUGCUGGUGUCCGCUGAAAGGGGCCUCUCUGGGCCCCAGAGGACCUGAGGCUUGAUGGCAGGAAUCUCCCAGACACUCCUGGCCCCCGCACCCCCUGCAGCCGCCCGCUCUUCCCUCCCAGCCCUGUCAGGCAGGCCUGGAGGCUGAUGCUAAAUCAAUACCUUAAAGAGGUGACUGGCAGUCUGGGGAGGGGAGCAAAGGUCUGCAACAAAAAUCUAAUUAAGAACAUUGAGAUGUUCACAACCAAGUUCAGCUUGCAACUUCCGGGGAAAUGCAACCGACCUCUAUGCCAUCUCUAGCUGGGUAAUCUUCGAGGCCCUGAAAUGCAAUUUUCUGAACCUCUAAGUCACUUUUAUUUUAUGUCAUGUGAUAAAGACACAAGUAGUCACGCACUAUUGGAAAUAGGUUGGGAGGGAGGUCUUUAAGAUUGCUUUUAAAAUAGUUUCCAGGACUUGUCUAAAAAUGAUGACAAACUUUGAAUCCAGAGGGCCUGUUGGUCAAUGUGUUGGAAAGGACAUUUCAGGCCGGCAGAGUAAUUGGAUAAUUCAUAGGCAUAGAGGUGACUUUUGGAAAAUUCAUUCUCAUAUCCAUGCUGAACCAGGCUUCCACGACUGGGUUCUACCCAGGCCAGUGGGAAGACUCUGGGAAACUUCAGGCCAGCCUUGAUUGGAAGAACUUCCAGGAGGAGCCAUUGCUGAGAUCCAGGCUCACUGUGAUUCACUGAAAAUGUAGCGAAAGGGCUGUCACUGGAUAUUUUGCUAUCCCAAACUCUCAGCCUCUGUGAAUAAAGUUGUUUUUUCAUUAACCUCUCAGUGACUGGUUCAGUGGAUUACUGGAGGGAAAUAAACAAACAGUGUAAUAAGAAAGAAGAGACUGGGAUUAUAUCUGGGCGUCGUGUUAGCAUCUCAGGAGGCUCUGGCUUCUGAGGGGUAAACACACAGAUGGAGGGGAAGGAGUGGAGAGGAUGCCGGGCCCAGGAAGCUGCCUCCAUAUCAGAAAGCACGAUGAGUUAAUUCUGCCGUAUUGAAUCGGUUUUUAAUCUUUCCUUUUUCUUUUUUGUGUUUGAUACGUUAUCUUGGGAGGUUUUGUUAAUUUGUGAUGGCUAUGUUUUGAAGAAGCAAAUAAUUUGAUACUGCAAUUUUAAAAGGAUCAUAUUUUAAAGUUACUAUUCCAAAAAGUAUUGUACAAAUAUUACUUUUAUGACACAGAAAAAAUGCAGAUGUAUCCACUUUGUGUGUUUAUACGUGCAUAAAGAGAAAUUCUAUUUAA